AAGCUUACUUGGUACUGUCCAUGGUGAAAGACCUCUGUCUUCUGGAGGGAGAACAGGACCCCCGCAAGAACUCCCGCACACCCAAGCACCACCCAUCCUGGGAACAUCCUUCAGUGACUGAGUGAACUACUGAUCUUCUGAGAUGUCCAAAGCUGCGCCCAAGAAGGCUGCUGCAGCCCCGCCCCCAGGAUGCGACCUGGACAUCAAUGACCCCCAGGUGCAGAACGCUGCCAUCCGCAUCCAGGCCUCCUAUCGUGGGCACAGGUCCCGCAAGGAGCUGAGAGAGAAGGGGCCCCCACGGGUGAUUGAGAACCUCAAGGACGUGAUGCUGAUUGAAGGGAGCGCAGCCAAGUUGGAAUGCCGCAUCAGUGCCUUUCCAGACCCUUUCAUCCGCUGGAUGAAAGAUGGGGUGGAGCUCAAGGAUGGGCCCAAGUACCGCUAUGUCUUUGAAGACCCUGACAUUGUUGCACUGGUGGUACGUGACGCUGGCCUUGCCGACCUGGGAAAGUACAGCAUCUCCGUGAAGAAUCCCUUUGGAGAGUGCUCUGACUCAGCCCGUCUCCUCAUAGAAGUGCCUGCCAAGAUUGAGAAGGGCCCUGAAAGCACUAAGGCCAAGAAAGGUGCCACAGUGAACUUGACAGCCCUCAUCAGCGGGGAGCCAGCCCCAGAUGUUGGCUGGGCCAAGGAUGGGGAAGACAUUGAAGAAGAUGAUCGUGUUUAUUUCAACAUUGGCAAUGACUCAACCACUCUCACAAUCAAGAGGGUGACGCCGGCUGAUGCUGGGAAAUACGAGAUCUUUGUGGAGAACAGCCUGGGCAUGGACCAGUCUUUUGCACGACUUGAUGUGAUUUGAGCUCCUGCCCUCCAAGUACAUGGUUUUCCCCCUCCACUUCUUGCCAAGUAUGAUCCAGAGAGUUGUGCUGCCUCGCCCUGGGCAAAGAGAAGCAAAUUAAACCCCAGUGGUACCAUCCUCUGGGUAUCUUUUAAGAUGGCACAGAAACCCAGUUGCUUCUCUCCCUGCACCUUUGCCUCUCUCAGCAACAUCAUCCUGCCUGAAUGGGGACACAGCUUUUUCCCUGACUUGCCACCAACAAGAUGCCACCCUGUCCCAGGGCUGAAUCCCUUUCCUGGACUGCUGGGGCCAUCAUUUGGCCAACAGCUUUGCAGAAAGUGCAUACCACCGGCAGUGGUUCCACAAAAGCUUUGGCUAAUGAGAGGGGUGAGAGAAGUUGGGCCUGUCGGAUGUUGCUGGACUGCAAUGCCCUUCACCCAUCACCACUGGCUACAGUACCUAGGGCUGAUGGGAGUUGUAGUCCAACAACAACUGGAGGGUCACACAUUGUCCAUGUUUGGUCUUGGGCAAAAAGAGUCCCUAUGGGUCUUAAUCAGCAGCCGCCUUCUCUUCAGCAUCUCUGAGAGAGCCACUCCAGACUGUCUUCUUCCUAUAAGAACUCAAUAAAGCUA